AUGGCGCCCUCCUCGACAACCGCUCAGCGGAUAGAGGAAGCUCGGGCUCUAGCGAAGAAGGACGCUUCCAAGGCCGAGGCCAUCUACAAGGACAUCCUUUCUCAAGGUCCAGGAUCGACGGAAGCUUCGUCGCGCGAUUAUGAAAGCGCUUUGGUCGGAUUGGGAGAGCUUUAUCGGGAUGAGAAGAAGCCGAACGAGAUCGCUGAGCUCAUUAAGACUAGCCGGGACUCCUUCUCAUCAUUCGCGAAAGCUAAGACAGCAAAGCUUGUCCGCCAGCUACUGGACCUGUUCAGUGAGAUCCCUAACACACUCGAUAUUCAAACCGCCGUCAUCAAAUCCUGCAUCGACUGGGCUAUCGCAGAGCGGAGAUCCUUCCUUCGACAGAACCUUCAGACCCGUCUUGUGGCCAUUUACAUGCAGAAGCAAUCCUACUAUGACGCCCUUAACCUGAUCAACUCCCUCCUACGCGAGCUGAAGCGAUUGGAUGAUAAGCUUAUGCUGGUCGAGGUGCAGCUGCUAGAGUCUCGGGUGUAUCAUGCGUUGGGCAACCAGGCCAAGGGCCGCGCUGCCUUGACAGCUUCUCGCACAUCAGCCGCCUCCGUCUACACCCCUCCGAAUCUGCAAGCCGGCUUGGAUAUGCAAAGUGGUAUGCUCCACGCAGAGGAUAAGGAUUUUACCACCGCCUUCUCUUAUUUCAUCGAAGCUUUGGAGGGAUACAGCUCGCUUGACGAAAGUGACAAAGCCACAGCAGCUCUCCAAUACAUGUUGCUUUGUAAGAUUAUGCUGAACCUGGGUGAUGAUGUGACGCAUUUGCUCGGGUCCAAGCAGGCCCAGAAGUAUGCUAGCCCGCGUCUCGAGGCCAUGAAGGCAGUAGCCCGCGCUCACGCCAACCGGUCCCUUGAAGAAUAUGAAAAGGCUCUCUCGGACUACCGGUUCGAGCUGGGUAGCGAUGUAUUCAUUCGGAAUCACCUCCGCCGACUGUAUGAUGCCAUGUUGGAGCAGAAUCUGAUUAAGGUCAUUGAGCCCUUCAGCCGGGUUGAGCUGGAUCAUAUCGCCAAGAUGGUCGGGCUCGACACCCCGCAGGUGGAGCGGAAGCUCUCGCAGAUGAUCCUGGAUAAGGUCAUCAUCGGUGUGUUAGAUCAGGGCUCUGGGUGCUUGAUCGUAUUCGACGAGACGGAGCGCGAUCAGGCUUAUGACGCUGCUCUGGAGACCAUCGAGAAAUUGAGCAACGUGGUGGAAGAGUUGUACACUAAUCAGGCAUCCCAGCUGGAGUAA